GGCUUCGCGCAUGUGCAGUAGGGAGUGGCGCGAGCCAGAAGCUUCCGGCCGAAGAACAUGAUGCAAGGGGAGCCAAGUCCUAGUGCUUCCCUUAUUGACAGAACCAUCAAAAUGAGAAAAGAAACGGAAGCUAGGAAAGUGGUUUUAGCCUGGGGACUCCUAAAUGUAUCUGUGGCUGGAAUGAUAUAUACUGAAAUGACUGGGAAAUUGAUUAGUUCAUAUUAUAAUGUGACAUACUGGCCCCUCUGGUAUAUUGAACUUGCCCUUGCAUCUCUCUUCAGCCUAAAUGCCUUAUUUGAUUUUUGGAGAUAUUUCAAAUAUACUGUGGCACCAAGUCUGGUUGUUAGCCCUGAACAGCAAACACUUUUAGGUUUGAAAACAGCUGUUGUACAGACUACUCCUCCACAUGAUCUGCCAGCAACCCAGCUUCCUUCCUCUCUCCCCUCGCCUUCAAUUCAGGGACAGAGUGUGUUGAGUUAUAGCCCAUCUCGCUCACCUAGCACCAGCCCCAAGUUCACCACCAGCUGUAUAACUGGAUACAGCCCUCAGCUUCAAGGCCUGUCAUCAGGUGGCAGCAGUUCUUACAGCCCUGGGAUGACCUACUCCCCUGUCAGUGGCUACACUAAGUUGGCAGGCUAUAGCCCCUCUCCUUCUUCUCCAUACCCUGCUACUGUUGGACCAGUGGAGAGCAGUGGAUUGAGAUCGCGCUACCGUUCUUCACCCACUGUCUACAAUUCCCCUACGGACAAAGAAGACUACAUGACAGACCUGCGAACUUUGGAUACUUUUCUUAGAAGUGAAGAGGAGAAGCAGCAUAGAGUUAAGCUGGGAAGCCCAGAUUCUACCUCACCUUCUACCAGUCCUACUUUUUGGAACUAUAGUCGUUCUAUGGGGGAUUAUGCACAGACUUUAAAGAAGUUUCAGUAUCAGCUUGCUUGUAGAUCUCAGGCCCCAAGUGCUAAUAAAGAUGAAGCUGAUCUCAGCUCCAAACAAGCUGCAGAAGAGGUUUGGGCAAGAGUGACUAUGAAUAGACAACUUCUUGAUCAUAUGGAUUCAUGGACAGCCAAGUUCAGAAAUUGGAUCAAUGAGACGAUAUUAGUGCCACUUGUGCAAGAGAUUGAGUCUGUCAGCACACAGAUGAGACGGAUGGGUUGUCCAGAGCUACAAAUAGGAGAGGCUAGUAUUACUAGCUUGAAGCAAGCCGCUCUGGUCAAAGCUCCUCUCAUUCCAACUUUAAACACCAUCGUGCAGUAUCUAGACCUCACACCCAAUCAGGAGUACUUGUUUGAAAGGAUCAAAGAACUUUCUCAAGGUGGCUGUAUGAGCUCAUUUCGAUGGAAUAGAGGAGGAGAUUUCAAGGGACGCAAGUGGGAUACUGACCUGCCCACUGAUUCUGCUAUCAUCAUGCAUGUAUUUUGCACCUACCUUGAUUCCAGAUUACCUCCACAUCCUAAGUACCCUGACGGAAAAACAUUUACUUCUCAGCACUUUGUUCAGACACCAAAUAAGCCAGAUGUAACCAAUGAAAACGUUUUUUGCGUUUAUCAGAGUGCUGUCAACCCUCCUCAUUAUGAGCUAAUCUACCAGCGUCAUGUGUACAAUCUUCCAAAGGGACGAAAUAAUAUGUUUCAUACAUUACUAAUGUUCCUCUACAUCAUAAAGACCAAAGAGUCAGGAAUGCUUGGGAGAGUUAAUCUUGGUCUAUCUGGUGUGAAUAUUUUAUGGAUAUUUGGCGAAUAAUGUGUCAAUUAAUUUCAAACAUUUGGACUUUGAUGUGACUGGACACAGAAGCUGCGUCUGAGCAUCUUGGAGUCACUACCUCUUCUGAAAUAAGAUAAUUGUAUGUAUGUUACAAACUUCAGAUUUUACAAAAUACUAGCUCUAGAAAAUUUCCUUGUGAGAUUGUAUGUUUUUAGUAUUUUCUACACCACUAGAUACUACCUUGAAUUUUACAUCACAUUUCAAGAUUUUCCAGCUACCUACAAAACUGUGGACCUUCAGGUUUUUGUUGACCUAAAACAGUACAGUUCUACCUUAAUUAAAUAAAUGUAAGAGUCCAUGUUCAUUGUAAUCCCCAAAUGAGAAUCCUCUCUGAUUCUUCCUCACAGGAAUGAUUUUUCAAUACCAUUAUUUAGUACAAAUACUUAAAAAGAAGCACAUUUCUAAUUUAGGUGUUUUGUUUGUUUUAAUCUCUAUAUUCCCCUAAUGUUCUGCAAAUCAGCCCAAGACCAAAAGAGAAAUCAGAGAAAUUUCUAAAUAUUCUCUUAAAGAUUACUGGAAGAAGCUUGACCAAACUGGUGACUUGGAUUAAAUUUAACUGAUAGAAUUCAACUAUUUGGUUCUGAGUUGAGAAGUAAGGACACCAAGAAAACUUUGGUUUUAAGAAGUAGUUUGAUUUUAACAAUUUAGUUCUACUCUGUAAUGUAUUAUCUACAUGUUCUCUUUGAGAAAAUCAUGUUUGUGCAGAUUUUUUUAGAUAUGCUUGAAAUAUCUGGAGGGUGAGAAGUUAACAAGUUUGUAAGUUUUGUUUCAUUCUCCAAGUUUUGUAUUCUUUUAUGUGUAGGGUCUCUCAAGCUGACAAUUUUACAUAUUUUCUGAACUGGCAUCUUACUAGAGGCUGCUUCCAUCGCCUUUGUGAAUCUGCAGACCACUGAAAGCAGCGUCUUCUGAGUAACUGCAUGCCAGUAUUACAUAUGCAGCCCAUUUUAUAUGAUUUGUAAAUUCUGGUUUUUUAAAAAGUCAGAAGUUCAGAGGAAAGGAAGUUCCUGUCUUUCCACUGUUUUUGUUUAAAUAUGUUAAACAUGUUUGUUAUGAUAUUUUAAAAGAUUGUGUCAACUAAGCAUGUUAAAUAUAAAAACAUGUUAAAAUCUAAGUCUCCAUUUGCAUAAGUUAUUGAAGGUGUCAUGGAAUAACAGCUGCUGUGCUGUUAAGUUACUCGGUUGCAUAAUCUUUAAGUAGGAAGAAGGAAAAUUUUAAGACAUGAUUUCUUUAUGGAACUUAAGGUGGCCUGUAGUACAAAAAUUCAAAACUAACGUUAGAAAGUACAAUAUACAGUAAAUAUAUUGGGUUGUCAGAGAAGUUGUGGUGUAUUUUUUGUUUUCAAGCAAAAAUGCGUCAUGGCUUUCCUGACAGCCCAAUAGAGAACACACUAGAAAAGGCAUUUUGUUUGCUUGCGAAGUCUAGUGGUUGCUGGGCCCUCGAUUACUGUCCUAUGUUGUCUUCGCUGGCAUUGGCCAGCAUGUGUACUUCAGUACAGCUUUCAUUGAAAAUCGAUGAAUUCACAUUUCAGGAAGACAGUGCACUGCAAAUGUGGUCAAUGUACUUGGUC